AAGAACAUUAAAUUUUUGGAGAAUAAAAAUGGCGCGUCAACGAAAAAGUACCUUUAGUAUCGGAAGUCUUAUGUUAACCUCUAAACAAGAAGAUUUGUGUUAUUAUGAAGAUAUGACAGAAACAGAAUUACAACAGACACUCGAAAAUAUUGCUCGUUCAAAUCUCUUGUUAAAGUUAGAAAAUGAUGUUUUCGAACGAUAUCUCGCACGUCGAGAUCCUGAAAAUCUUCAAACAAUAGCGCAAAUCUUAGAAACCGCUAAACGCGUGCAAAAAAUUGCGCCUCAAUCUCAUAGCCACGUGUCACCCGUUAUGAGUGUAAGCGGAAGUUUUAUGAAUGUUCGUGACGGAGACACAGAAAGUGUCGUCAGCAUCCAAUCCGGAAGUCAGCGCGUCACGCCAAGCCUCUUAACAAGCAGAACGCCAAGAGUAGGAACAAAGUUAGUCGUCGAGUGUCAUAAUUUUGUUACUGGCUUUGAUUAUAUAGAAUAUUUCGGUCAAUUGUCGAAUCGUAGAAUCACGUAUGCGUGUCGCAUCGAAAUGGUGAACACUGAAAUUCGGGAAUUGCAGAAAGAAUUAAUAAAACUCGAACAAAUGUCGACGAAGAAAAUAAAAUAUAUGCGAGCACAAAUAGAAGAAAAUGAGAUGAGCAUUCGCGAAACUUGUAAAACUAGGGAGGAAUUUGAAGAGAAAGUUAUAGAGAAGGGUAUAGAUAGCAUUACGGGAAAAAUACCGGCUGAAAAAUUUAUCAGGUUUAUAGAAGAAUGGCUGAAAACAAUCGAUUCCACAAUAGAACAAAUUAGAUUGAAGAUGACUACCAUAAAGUCUCAGAUAAGGAAAGUCAAGUUGCAGUUGCAGCACAGGAAAGAACUCGGCGAGGCUCUACGCCCUGUAGAUUUCGAACAAUUGAAUAUAGAGAAUCAAGUUUGCAUACGAGAAAUCGACAAGAAAAAUCGAUAUCUGCUCGAAAUGAAAAAGAUCGUGGGUCGCCAUAGCAUUGCACUGACUAAACACAAGGAAAAAUUAAAUAGCCUGAUGUCUAUCGUGAAUGAUAUAAGAAGUAAAAUUGCUUUUAAAAAACAGGAAAUCGUGAAACUGCAAUCGGAAAAAGUAGCUAUGCAGGUUGAAAUAAAGAAAGCGGAAAAACAGCUUCAAUCAGUGAUGGCAUUAAUGGAUGACUUUGAUGUUCCUGAUGUCAUAGAUUUCAUUAAAAUACGUAUAGAACUCCAAGAAUUACGUAAAAUUCACAAACAAUUAAGCAGGCAAAGAAAUAUUCAACGAAUAAAAUUCAAUUCUAACAGAUAAUAACUACAAGAUGUACUCAAGA